AUGUCCCCGGGGGGAGUUUUGCUUGGCUGCCAGAUGUCCCUGUGGCUGCUGCUGGACCUCGGCGGGGCCCCCGCUGCCCUGGGGUCCCCAUUGGUAAACUCUGCAGGCUUCUGGACUCGGCGCAAAACAGAGACUGGAGAGACCCAGACGCAGUGGCUGGGACCCCGCCGUCCCCUCGCUCGCCUGCGCCGAGCCCCAGCCGCCCCAUGCCAGCUCUGGAGCCUGACCCUGCCCGUGGCCGAGCUGGGCCUGGGCUAUACCUCUGAAGAGAGGGUGGUCUUCCGCUACUGCGCCGGCAGCUGUCCCCGUGGUGCCCACACCCAGCAUGGCCUGACGCUGGCCCGGCUGCGUGGCCAGGGACUCGCCCAAGGCGGGCCCUGCUGCAGGGCCACCAGCUACACAGACGUGACCUUCCUGGACAGCCACCAUCGUUGGCAGCGGCUGGUCCAGCUCUCGGCGGCGGCCUGCAGCUGCAGUGACUGA